UUCAUUCGUAUUUCUGAUGACACUGAUCCUGACGAUGUUCUGCACCUUUUACAAAAGGAAUGGAAGUUAGAAUUACCCAAACUUGUCAUCUCUGUUACUGGUGGAGCAAAAAACUUUGUCAUGCAUCCAAAAUUAAAGGAUUUGUUUCGACAGGGAUUGUUGAAGGUGCUUAAUUGUGUAAAGUAAAUCAUCAAUACACAUAAUCAUUGCUGGAAAUGUCAUGAUAAAAUAGUGUUUAGAUUCAGACUGCUAUUCAAGUCUGAAAGUAAGACAAUGUUUACACUAUGGCGGAUAGCUUUACCUGGCGCCACCAAAAGCUUUCCAGUAUAGUGUAAACAUAUCCUUAAUUAGUAAAAUCCAGCAAGUGGUCUAUUAUCAAUGCUGCGUUCUGAUUGGUUGAGCUACUACUGGGCUAUAUGUUAUAGCCUACUAGUAGCGAAAAGGGCCGGAUUUUUGGCGGCAAAAAAGGAUUAAAGUCUUGCUUUAAGUUGUUUUGUCUCGAUAUUUUGACCAACUAAUUGGAUUUUACUAAAACAAUUAUUCCUCUCGCCCCCAUGGCCUCUGAGUCAAUAGUCCAUUCGGCCUUCAGCCUCAUGGGCUAUUGACUCAGAGCCCAUUCGGGCUCAAGAAAUAAUUGUUAAAGAUAUCAGUCCGAAGAGUGCCCGAAGAAAAAAAGAGAAAAAAUAAGAAGAAGGAGUAGAGGUUUCUUUUCUAAACUACCACAAAUUGACCUCUAAAAUAUUAGAAAAAGAAAUAAAUGGAAAAGGAUCACUUAAGAGGAUUUCUUUUGAAUAAGCCAUAAUGAGCCAUAGCAUUACAUCUUAAGAUUCAAAGUUAUAACUUAACGUCCUGAACAAAUAGUACCAGAGUCCAAAAUUAUAGCUACAAAUAUAUACUGGAUAAAUAGUACUGUUUAUAAGUACUACUGGAGAAGUAUCAUUUGAAUGGUCACUGCACAGGAUCUGGUCCGAAGACUAAAAAGUUAGAGCUACAUACUAAGUGAAUAGCACCAUGUGAAAGUACUGCUAAAGAUGAACUUUGCAUUUGAAUGGUCACCCCAUAGGAUUUCAUUUACACAGUCAAAAGUUAGAACUUCAUACUAAAUAAAUAGGACCAUGUGAAAGUACUGCUGAAGAGGUUUCAUUUGGAUGGUAGCACCAUAGGAUUUCAUCCACAGACUCAAAAGUUAGAACUACAUACUAAAUAAAUAGUACCAUGUGAAAGUACUGCUGAAGAGGUUUCAUUUGGAUGAUAGCACCUUAGGAUUUCAUCCACAGACUCAAAAGUUAGAACUACAUACUAAAUAAAUAGUACCAUGUGAAAGUACUGCUGAAGAGGUUUAAUUUGAAUGGUCACACCAUAAGAUUUUAUCCGCAGACUCAAAACUUAGAACUACAGUCUAAGUUAAUACAAAAUUGAUUAAUAUAUCAAUUUUAUGAAAUUGAACUGCUAAACUGCGGGGUGAAGAAAUGAAUGCAGAGAUCGUCACAGCAAAUAUGCAACUUAUCAAUAGUGUAGUGGCGAAAAGAGAGCAUAAUUAAAUUCAGGCUUGACCUUAGCAACAGAGAAUGAUCUAACUCAUUCUCUCUUGACCUUAAGUACUCUUCUCUUCAUAUAUUUCUUUACCAGGCAGUUGAAUUAUGGGAAACUUAACAUUUUUAUCAUAUAACCAGCUCCUAGUUGAUUUGCUAGCUUAAUUGGUUAGAGUGCUGCACCGGUAACGCAUUCCGGGUUCCAAUCCCGGCAAGCCUGAACUUUUUCACCGUUUCUUCUCGCAACUGCAUAAGUUGCGUAUUUUACUCUGAUGAUUUUCUCUGAAUUAAUUUAAUAUACUCGAACCUCUCCUAGCCUUUUCCAGGCUCUCCGUUGGUGGGGAUGAAGCGUAAGUAAAAGGCAAGCGAAAUUGUGAGCGCGUGAUCUGGGAAAAGGCAGCGGUAGCGGAAAAAGAAAUGGAGUGAGAGGAAGGGAGACGACCUUCUUCUCCCAACUUUCCUCCCGUUUUAUUUUUGUGUUUGCGCUUUCUCAAUUUCUUGGACCCAACUACCUCGGAGCCUGGAACAGGCUAAACCUCCCCGAGCAACUAUUCAAAAUAAGAGGAUUUCUUGGUCUCUUAUGAAAAAGGCAGAGAAUUUAUUGCAAACAAUUUACUUUUCAAAGUUGUCACAGAAAGUUCUUCGUGUACCCUGGGUGGCGUAGUACAUACAGUGGACAAAAAAACGCCGCGACAUUCACCAAGUGGUCCCUUACAAGGGGUGAAAAACAAUGGAAAACUAUAAGACCGUCAGGCCAAAAAGUGGUCGAAGUGGCUUAUAGGAGGUGAUCGUUUACGAGAGUUCUAACUAUAGAGCUUUCACGCAGCGGAAACUUCGUUGUUUUGAAUAGAUGGUCGCUUAUGGGAGGUGGGCACUUACGUCGCGCGAGGUGGUCGCACAUGUAGGUUCGACUGUAGCACAAAGAGGUUCUAGAUGAAACUGAAAAACAUGAUUAUUAAAGGGGUUGUGUCACGGCAGUCGAGUUCAUUUUGUUUAAUUUUGCCAAUUACUCGCCCUCAAUCGCUAUGGAAAUUAAAGAAAGUAAAGAAAUUACAGGUAUAUGACAAAAUCAGAGAUCCGAGACAAACAAAUAUGUCUCCUGAACAUUAUUUUUGAAGUUGCAAGCAGCAGGGAUCAACUUUGAAACACUGUUAGGCUGAGCAGUUUUCAAAAACCCUAAUUUCAAUCCGUCUCAAUCUUCUUCAGUUUUGCCCGUCCGUGACAUCUGUUGUUUCUGUUAUGUUAUUUCAACCGUCCUUUAAAGUUUUAAGCAGUUAUUUUUAUGUUUCUCUUAAUUUAACGGGCGUUUUGUAAUUUCCUAAUUUGGCUUAAUUUCGUGACACAACUCCUUUAAAGUCAUGUGAACAUCCCGAGCCUUUUAAAGUGCAUGGAGCCUUGGUGCCUUUGUCCUCAGCCUAAUGAGAUUUUAGCCUUUAAAACGAUGCUAUAAAAAUUGAACAAGUCCAAGAUUAUUUAGGGAAUACUCUGAAAAUCUUUCAUGUGCAAAGCCCGGAUAGAUUAUGACGCUUUUCGAAACUUAUCGACAGCAGCCCAUUAUACACGUGAUUCACUCCAUGACUACCCAAGGUCCCUUUCCUUAGCACCUGAAAGGAUUAGUCUGCCUUUAUCAUCACAAGACACCAUGAAAGGGUACCCCCUGAUGGUCUCUUGUUUAAUGUUAGAAAGAACGAAUUGAAGGUUUUGAAAAAGUUCGUGACUUCGAACACACGUACUCGAAGUAACGAAAAAUAAGCGUAGAAAGGCUGCAUCCAUAAUAACUUCUUAAACUGUUAACCUCUCUUCAAAAUUUUUUGCACAGGCAGCCAAGACCACUGGUGCAUGGAUAAUAACAGGGGGAACAAACACUGGCGUAAUGAAACACGUAGGAAAAGCAGUAAAGGGUCAUACUGUAAUGUCACGAGGGGCAAUGCUCACAGAUAAAACGUCUCAGGUGCACUUGAUCGGAAUCGCUCCAUGGGGCAUUGUGGAGCACAGGUCUGAGUUGAUUAAAAAGGUAAGAAGCAUUUUGAAAGUCACUUAGUAGCGCACACGAGGAAGAUAUUAUUUUCGCCUGUCUCUUGAACGUGGAAUGACAACAAAUCUUUAAAUAGGAAACACACUUUACAAUAGUGAGAUUCUGAGAGGCCCUGUGAAAGGAAAAGAAAAAUAGGUAAAUAAAUAAAUAAUGGUAAUAAAAGGAACAAGUGGGAAAGUAAAAACAUAAAUUGAAGCUAGCUAGUCUAAGCUAAAGUGCAAGCAUGCAUGACCGCGUUGGAAAACUAUUUCAAACUUUAACGCAACCUUUUCUUGGGAACGGUAUGUCUUUAACUUUAUGGGCAAAGCAAACGAGAGUCAGUUGGCAGCUAUGUCAAAGCCAAGGAUUCCAAGAAGCAGCCAAAUGGCAGCAAAAACAAACAAGGAGAGAAACGUUUCCCUACCAGAAUUAAGACGACUGGCAAUGAGAGGUACAAAAAUUGUGGUACCCAACACAAACGAAACGAAUCUCGCUAUUCAACCGAAAAUACGGUCAUAAAUGGCAUCAUUUUGAAGCGUGUGUAUGGCCAAGAGGAAAGAUGAGGUACCCGCGUUAAACACUUACGAGAAAGUCACGAUAGCUCAGUUUCUCAGACUCUCACUUCGUAUGUAGAGUCCUGUGGUUAUCGAUUGUUUGCAGGCUCAGCUUCUUUUGUGAACACAAUAAGCUGGAAACCAUGUUUGUCAUGUUUCAAUGUCAGCUUUUCGACACAGGUGCGACCUGUAAUGUACUCAACUUCAUAUAAUGAUGUCCAUGCUACGCGCGCUGUUAUUGGUAGUUGCCUAUGAUCUAUCAUAGUACAGAUACAUAGUCUAAGAUGACAUCACGGGAAACUUGUUUUGUUCGUUUUGUUCAACACGGGGGCGCGGUUUUGAAAAUGUUUGUGAGAUUAUUUAGGAUUAAAGCAAGUGAAAGCCUCGAAAAAAGAUGAGCAGGAGCUAUUUACAAAGAAGACAAAUGGAGAAACGGGGACAAAAGGCGCUCUUGAGUACUUAAGAAUCCCCAAAACUACAAGAAAUCUUCACAACAGUUGCCAUCAUGUGUCAUCGCUACAAGGGACUCGCUGUUUUGCAAAAUGUUUUCGCCAUUGUUCUGCUUUGAGCAAGAAAAGAAGUUGAAAACUGAACUUCUCGAAGAAACUGUAGACAAGUAAGAUAAAGGAAAAAAGAAGAAGCAGGGACGAAAAGUAGCGCUUGGGACUUAAAAAAGGCCUAAACUAGCACAAAUCCUCGAACAGUCAAGCGGUACGAGGCAGGUAUGUGUAUCGGUCUAUUUUCUUUUCUGAUCGUUGUAUAAAACAAAUAGAUUCCAUGUUGCCAUUGGUCUGUUCAGUAAUAGAUCACAGAGGAGGUAAAAAUGUGGUAAAAACAUCAGUUACAGGGGCGGAUCCAGGAUUUUUCUUAGGAGGGGGUGCACCACUAACUGACUGAUGACGUAAAAAAUUUUAAAAGCGAAUACGAAGAAGAGGGCUUUUGACUAGGAAAUAACAUAAUGUGAACUGCUGGGAAUACAUAUCAAACGAUAGAGCAGAUUUUCUAUGUCUGUCAAGCGACUGCACAGUGUUAAUUAGAGAGCGGCCGCAGGUCAUCCCAGGGGGGGUGCGCACCCCCUGCACCCUCCCCCUGGAUCCGCCCCUGAGUUACACACUCGCCUGUGGCUCGUGUGCCACUUUGUUUUUACUACAUUUUGACGUCAUCUGUGAUCUAUUACUGAACAGACGCGCAGUCUUAAAUAGAGACUUAUCGAUUAUCAAGCAAGAAGGCAACCCUCUCAUGGAAAAAGGCAAAACCUAGUUUAAGUUAUUUCACGGCUGCCUGAAGCCUGUUGACGAAGUCCUUCUGCAAGUCUCACAUAGUGGAAGUUCGCAUUUUCCCAAGUUUCAAGUCUCUAGCGAAACAAAUAAGACUUUACUGUCUGCAGAAACCUUUCAAAAGUUCAAACUUCUCAAGUUACCAUCUCAGGCUAAAGUUCUUGUCUUGUAUGACAAAACAACUCUCUUGACAGUUUAAAGUAUACGGCUGAAAGAUUAUUGGCGAUGUCUUGAAAGGUCUUGGACAUAUCGGUUCAGGUUCAGCUUUGUACUUGAUCUCUUANUAAACUAGCACAAAUCCUCGAACAGUCAAGCGGUACGAGGCAGGUAUGUGUAUCGGUCUAUUUUCUUUUCUGAUCGUUGUAUAAAACAAAUAGAUUCCAUGUUGCCAUUGGUCUGUUCAGUAAUAGAUCACAGAGGACGUAAAAAUGUGGUAAAAACAUCAGUUACACACUCGCCGCCACUUUGUUUUUACUACAUUUUGACGUCAUCUGUGAUCUAUUACUGAACAGACGCGCAGUCUGAUAUAGAGACUUAUCGAUUAUCAAGCAAGAAGGCAACCCUCUCAUGGAAAAAGGCAAAACCUAGUUUAAGUUAUUUCACGGCUGCCUGAAGCCUGUUGACGAAGUCCUUCUGCAAGUCUCACAUGGUGGAAGUUCGCAUUUUCCCAAGUUUCAAGUCUCUAGCGAAAGAAAUAAGACUUUACUGUCUGCAGAAACCUUUCAAAAGUUCAAACUUCUCAAGUUACCAUCUCAGGCUAAAGUUCUUGUCUUGUAUGACAAAACAACUCUCUUGACAGUUUAAAGUAUACGGCUGAAAGAUUAUUGGCGAUGUCUUGAAAGGUCUUGGACAUAUCGGUUCAGGUUCAGCUUUGUACUUGAUCUCUUAACAGUUCUAGCACGGCAAAGCUCUAGACGUAGCCCUAAAGAAUGAAUGAAAGCAAAGCUCACAGAUCUAGAAAGAAACCCAAAAGUAUAGAAUGGAUCAGCAAUGUGGUAGUGGCAACCAAGCCCGUUAAAAUCCGAAUAUGCUUAGACCCUCAAGAACUGAACAAGGUAAUUCAGCGUCCUAAAUACUUAAUUCCUACACUUGAGGAACUGUUACCUAUUGUAAACUGUCCAAAGACAGAAUUUUCAGAACGCAAAACGAGAAAGAUGGCUUUUACCAAAUCAGUCUUUACGAAGCCAUCAGCAAAUUAACAAAGUUUUGGAUUUCCAUUUUCUCCGUAUGCCCUUUGGAAGCCUUGCUCCAGAAUAAUUUUGAAAGUAAUCUACAAGAGAAAAGUUCAGAGACGACAUCAUAGUUAUGGGAUUUGGCGAAAAGGAAGAGCAGGCAGUCCUAAAACCAGAUCCUGAUAACGUGAAAGUUGUAGAGGAAAUGCCCCAGCCAAAGUGCAAGCAGGAAGCCCUAAUUCUCCUUGGUUUCAUCAAUUAACUCUCAUAGUUUUCUAGAAUUGCAUAAGUAUAGCACAGCCUCUAAGACUUAAUAACUUAAAACGACAAGUUUACAUGGUCUUAAUGGCAUAAAGCAGCUUUCUAGAAAAUUUAAUUUUGCUUUAAAAGAGGCUUGUAGUCAACCACCCCAUACACCGAAUGCAAAUAUGGCGGACCUCUCGGCCGGCCCGGGUCUAGUUGCGCGAAAGCGAGGCUAGUGAGGCCUCAAGAGUUUUGUUUUGACUGCGCGUCUUAGCGAUUGAGUCGAUCGAUAUCGUUUGCUUUGAGUUGUUGCAUGCCUGAGGGCCACCAAAAAGAAGAUUUUUCUCUAGGUGGAAUAGCCCUUACUUUCCCGAGAUCUUUUCACAAAGAAAGUUAAAAAUUCAUGCGAUUCGACGCGGCGAUGGGAAGCACUUUACAGCGAAAGUGUGCUCGCUUCACUUGCUUUAGAUCCUGUUUAGAUGAGAGGACUCACGAAAGUAUUUGAAGAAAUAAUUUUCACAAGAGAUGGUGCUGUUCCAAGAUGUUUGCAUGGUCUGUUAUUUAUUCAACAAAAGGUAAACAUUCUCGAAAACGGGAGCAUCUGCUGUGGACUGUAAGAUCUUUUAGAUUUCACGCUGAAAACAGCUGCAUUAAAAUAUAACAACAACAAUAACAAUCGCCUGUUAAUCCUACAAGCGUGGCCUGUGAAACUAUGUAAGAACCAGAAGAAAGCGACAUAUUUCAAGAUUAGUCCUUGACCAAGGUGCACUGAAAAAACUAACUAAGGAACCGUUGCCAACUAAGAAAGUAUGAAGAAGGAAAAAGGUUCUGGUAGAGAAAGAGCGUGCAAGUAUUCGAGCAUUGUAUUUGACCCUGCGCGUGAUCUAUCUUAGCAACUUGUCGAAUGGUUUCGAGGUAAACUAACAGCGAUUUUCCAAAAAUUGCUCCUUUUAUGGCACUGCUCAAACUCUUGAGCACAGGAUCGUGAAGACUGUGAAAACAUUCGGCCUUGUUGUCUGUCGUUGUGUCCCUGAGAGCGCCUAAAGUUAGGUAAGUCGCGACGGCGGAUUCACUCGUUCUCGAGGAUAUUUUACCUUUCCUUGGUAAGAGAACGGACAAAGCAAACUUGAAACAGAACCAUGAAUCUUUCAGUUAUUCACCCAUUCUAGUAGUUUCGUGAGUCUUCUCUUAAGUGAAGCGAGCACACUUUCGUUCUUUUAACUCCGUGAUAGUAAAGUGCCUCCAUUCGCCGCGCCGAAUCGCUUGAAUCCGUUUCUUUCUUCGAAAAGAACCUUGGCAAAGCGAAGAUAAUCAACUUUCGUCUCUGCUGGAGUUAAAUCUCCUCUUUGACGGCUCUUAAGCACUUAACAACUCGAAGGAAACCAUAUUGAUCGACUGAAUCGCUAAGACGCGCAGUCAAAACAAAACUACCGAGGCCUCACUAGCCUCGCUUUCGGGCAACUAGGCCCAGGCCGAACGAGAGAUCCGCCAUAUUUGCAUUCGGUGUAUACUCAAGUACUAAUUGCAAUGAAGAUGUCAUCUUCCAGUGUAGUGCCAGUGAAAGAGGAUUAGGCCCAGCUCUUCCAUAAACCGGUCAGCCGGUAGCGUUUGGUUCAUGGAAUUACACAAGAAAAAGAGUGCCUUGCAAUCGAGUUGGCAAUUGCAGAGUUGUUGUUAAACCCAUUGCGUUUUGACGUUCUCGUUGCCGUGGCAGCCCGUCACAUCUUAACUCCCAAAUAAAAGUGGAUAGCUUCCUAAAAACAGUCCCACAAUGCAGUUCGGGAGAAAACCAACCAUAAGGGCUCAAGUCCCCACUUCAAAAUGGCCAAUCAGACGCUCUUGCCUCGAAACUAUCCACAUGGUUGACAAGAAUACUGCAUACGACUAUCCGUAGGCGACCACUUUGCAAAUAACCUCAUUCUCUCGCAGUCAAAUACCGUUUAAGGUAAUUCCCUUGUUUGGCACUGGGCACACACUACUGCGUGUAAUAUUGCAACUUCCAACAUGGCGGCGGUUCUUCCCGCUAGCGCAAAAAGAACAAACAGGAACCGCAUUUGCAGAGCUUAAACUUCUAUUCGCAAUAAUAAUGCUGCAGAUCGGCUGACAGCUUCCUGGUCUGCUAUCGAAAAACAAGAAAAUCAAAAAAAUGUGCGUGAUCCCGAAGUCUGCAGUGGCUUUUCACUUCGCGGCCGUCGAGUUGUGGAAUUAAAGUAUAAAUAUCCUGGCUGAGGCUUUGGAUGGGGGCUGUGAAGCCUGUGGAGCAGCUAUACGGCUCUCCAACUGCAUUAACUAGACAGUGUCUGGCGUAGGGUUGCUACUGUACAUAUGUUGUUCAAACUCCGAGAGUGGAGAGACUAAUAUAUUUGUCGAGCAAAUAAGAACCACCGGUAGCACCAGAACCACGCGUCUUUGACGAAGUUUGCUGCUGAAUUCACAUUUUGCUGUAUAGACAAACCAAACAAGAGAACAUAUGAAGAAUAGGAAUCAGUUGUCUUUUCUUCAGGAUUAUUGCGAAAAAGAAAAAACAAAACGGACCCUAGCUCACUGGAACACAGAACACCAGCGCUACAAUAUAGUCCAAAAUAAAAAUUCAUAACCCCCAAAAUCUCAUCAAAUCUUGAUUUACCUCAUUCCUUGGUAUUUGUUGCAAUCUUUCUGUGUUGGCGAUAUCUAACUCAUAAAAAGAAUCGAAAACAAGCUUGAUAUCGAGUGCAUACUUCGAACACGAUGGGCGCUAUUUUGUAUCUCGUCCCAGUCCCCGCCGCGCAAAUUCUAUAUCCUGACUGCGAUGUCUAAACCAUGUCCGCCUUUCACGGUAGUUUGUGAGGAAACAAGCACCGUGACCCCCCGACUUUCUUUUCAGUUAUUUGCUAAGUACAGUCUAAUAAAGAAAAUAUUCGAAAAACAAAAAAAGUUUGAUUGUAGAACAUGACUUUUUUGGGAAAAUGGUUCCGUACUUGGUGUAUUUGGGCCAAGGCGAGGACUUCAAGCUAACCACGGAACUUUCCCGAAAAAGUGCAAUAUCUCUACAGCUAGGCAAUAAAAAACGGCUUAAAUCAGGCAAUCCCGUUUAUUUGCAUAAAAGAAGCUUUAUUUUCAAGAUAAAAUUUCGUGUGUUUCAAGCAACAAAGACUUAAUUCUGUAUGAAGGUGAUUCGAGUUUUUAACGCGCAACCGGUAAAAAUAACCCAGUUUAAGAGCCUGCUGACGCGUAAACAAGCAAGGUGACUCCAUAUUUUUAUGGCAUUUUUUUACUGUUCAUGUCAUGAAUGUUGAUUAUGCCAAGUUUCAAAAAAAGGUUGAUAGUAGAACAAUUUCAAGGGGAUUACCUUAAAAACUUUCUACUCCCCAAAUUUCAUAAGUAAACGGUUCCCUGUUUUCUGGACGGAAUCCUGUUUUUCACUUAGAUAUAUAAAAUUGUAAUUGUAAUUAUAGUAGAAAUUAGUGUGGCGUUGUUUAUCAAAAUUAGUGAACUCCUACAAGAACAAAACUCGCAGAUUCAAGCCAAUAAUAAAUAAGCAACUGUUAUGUUAUGCCCGAUUUAUAUGUUUCUCCUAAGAGAGCUUGAUACAUUUCCUCAAAUUCAAGUAGUUAAUAAAGAGUGGCUGCUCAGUUUAUAAAGCAGUAGAUAAUAAACUCUUAAUGACUGGUCCGAGAGAAACAGUUAAUUUGUUUCCCCAGUAUCCGCCUCGGGAAACAUCGAGACUCGAGGCAAACAAAAUUAACUGUUUCCCAAGGGACAAGUCUUUAAGUGAUUUGUUAUACAGCAGGAAAUCCUUGCUUUAACAACGGUUGACAAUCGCGGGUAACAGUGCACUGUUACCCACUGACGUCAUAGAUUUUUGGCGGGUAACAGUAGAUUUUUGGCGCGCGCUGUUGGGAAAAAAUUUCCAGCUAUAUAACAAUUUUAACUAGUGGAUUCAUUUCGUUUGUGGCGUGUUUUCUUGCUUUUUCUGGCCAAUGACCAUCUCCCGUCAGCGAACACUUUCUCCUGAACCAAAGGUGGUGGGUCAACAGAGAGUUGACAGUACACUCAUUAUCUUUUUAGACACAGGAUCUUGUUACAUAUCACAUGACGUCAAGCUUAGAGAUCCAGGGAUCGUGUAUCGACAACAAUCAUUCACACUUCUUGCUUGUGGACGAUGGCACUGAAGGAAAAUACGGUGGAGAGAUCGCAUUCCGUGCAAGGUUUCAAAAGUUCUUGGCAAAUAAAGAGAUUUCCAAAAGUAAUUAUCUAAAAGGUUCAGUUUUUUUCUAAUAGUCUUUAACGUAGUCGAAGUGGAACGUCACCCCGAAACAGUCGUUUGGAUAGGUUUUUUAUAAUGCCUGGUGGUCGUUUUCCUUUAGUUCAAUAUUAUAGUGUUCUCUCACAAGCCCAUGAAAGCAAUUGGGAGCUUCUACCGCGUACAUGAGUUUGAGAUUCAUUUUGGGGUUAUUGUUUCUAACUUUCGCCCUCUCAAUGAGAACGAGACUCAAUCCCUCUUUCAAACGUUUGUCAAGAAUUCGUGUAUGCUGCAAAGACCCACGUCACUUGUUGCCAGCUGCCGAGAUGGUUUGCUUCCUCUCAUAUUAUAGGGAUUGUGAAUACAUUGUUGUAAACUUCUACGUUGCUGAUGGAUAACUAAGAAGAUGGAGCUGCAUUUGGAAGUGCUGCCCCACUGAUACGCGAAUUUUGCAGAAGGAAGGGGGAAAGGCCUGAAGUUAGCGACUACUACUACUACCAUUACCACUUUCUUUUUAUUUUCCCUUUUUAGAAGAAUAACUACGUCCUUUCUCUUUUUAAAACUGCAGGAUACAACUAUUUAGAUGAAAAUUCUCAGAACGACAGGCCAAAUGGUAUUCCUGUGGUAUUGGUUGUCCUUGAGGGAGGUCCGAACACUAUUCGUACAGUGUUAGAGUCAGUUACAAGCACUCCUGCCGUGCCUGUCGUCAUUGCGGAUGGUAGCGGCAGAGCUGCUGAUAUUUUAGCUUAUGCUUACUCACUGUAUAUUGAACAUGAAGGGUUCGUAUUCGUUCUCAUAAUGUUUUUCUUUUUAUGUCUAGAAGGUAUGGCAGUUGCGUUAACCGGUCACUGUUGGACUGUACAUUUACUCAAACCAAAUUUUUGUGUGAUCAAAAUUUUUCUUAAGCUUGGAUAUACCUUGAAAUCUUGCCACUAAAGAUUUGGUGGCAAUCAUGGAGGAAUCAUCUAAAAGCUCUUGCAAAAAGGCAAAACACAUUUUAACACUUUACAUGGUUUUGCUAUGUUGACAGGUUUGAUCUGAAGCACUUUCGUCAGGUUGCAGAGCACGAAAUACUUGAAUUGAGAAUUAAAAAAGCCUUCCCUGAAAGGGAAUGGUUUGAGAGUUACUCCAAUGUACUUGAAUGUGUGAAGAAAAGUCAGUAUGUAAGUUUAGAAAACGAGUAAUUUAAUUUUUGUUCUGCCCUUUUUGUGCAUCUCAUAUAAAUGUAAUGAUUUGUGCUGGGUAUCCCAGCCCAGAUUAGUGUUACAGUUAUUAAGCUUUUUCAGAGAAAGUUAACAUUUGAGAGAAAGUAUAAAAAGAAGAAUUUUGUCAGUCCCACUUGUUUAAUUAGCUGUUCAACGUCCUUCCUACAGAUCACAAUAUGCCAUAUGGACGACGAUGGUAUCGACAUCGACAAGUCGAUUUUAAAAGCUAUUUUGAAAGGUUUGAAAGUACUUUUUUAAGUAGUUAUUUACAGUGUAUGGCAGUAGGCAGGCUAUUCCAUUUUCAAAGAUACUGUAAUACCAAUGGCAUCAAAUGCUGUUGUCUAUAAUCAACUUAGAUGCAAUGUAUUCUGAUGAGGUGUAGACUGAUGUGUUGUUAUUUAAAUACAUAACAAAGGGGGACAAGUUAUAAAAUCCGCAGUGCCGCUUAUCGCCAGCGAAAAGUCGUCAAUUUUGUAAAUUUCGUAGCAGAGUUCAAUCCUGGACAUAAGUGAGACGUUUGCCCUAUCAUUUUCUUCGUGGUCAUUAGCUAGAUAACGUAAUAAAAGAACCCCUGAAAAAAUUAAUUCUCUGUCCUACAGUUAUUUCAGUGUUGAAAGAAAAAAAUAGAUGAAGCUAUAAUACGCACGUUUGUAUUUGCAGCGCAAAUUACUUUGCCUUCAUACCAGCUUGAUUUGGCCUUGACGUGGAACCGAGCUGAUAUUGCUAGAACUGAGAUCUUUACUAAAGGCCGAAAGUGGAAGGUAUGGGUGUAAUCGUGCAAGUUGACAGUUGUUGCAUUACAUUUUUGUACUUGACCAGGUGAGCGCUCNGGUCAUUAGCUAGAUAACGUAAUAAAAGAACCCCUGAAAAAAUUAAUUCUCUGUCCUACAGUUAUUUCAGUGUUGAAAGAAAAAAAUAGAUGAAGCUAUAAUACGCACGUUUGUAUUUGCAGCGCAAAUUACUUUGCCUUCAUACCAGCUUGAUUUGGCCUUGACGUGGAACCGAGCUGAUAUUGCUAGAACUGAGAUCUUUACUAAAGGCCGAAAGUGGAAGGUAUGGGUGUAAUCGUGCAAGUUGACAGUUGUUGCAUUACAUUUUUGUACUUGACCAGGUGAGCGCUCAGUAAUUAUGCUUGAUAGAGAACCGAUAAGCACAGUGGGAGGCUUAGAUACAAAUGUAAGCUCGGUAAUUAAAGUCUAUUUUGUAGUUUACAAGGACCGAAGGAAUUAAGCGUUAGACUUGUCUCCUUGAAAAUCAAAACACGAAAUGCAAGUUAAUCUUACGGCAAAAAUAGAGUACUUUUUGCUCAAAAUUUCGGUCAGUCAGAACUGAAUUUUAAUCAGAGCUGCGAAAUGCUGAUGAAGGUUAGUUUUGUCACGAGUCCAAUCUGAGUAUCGAGAAGUAAAAUUAAUACCUCUUUAGCUGAUUCCCAGGAAGAGACGGAACAUUUCUCUUGGUGGUGACAGUAACUUUCAAGCGGAGCAAAUAAAGAAAAGUUACAAACACCUGUACAAAUGUAAGAAAAUAGCGGAAAACUUUUAAUAGACUUCAAUAACCGUCUUUCAGGGUAAGCUCUACAGUCCAAAUUAAACCAAAGAAUGGUGGCCGCUAGCGCUCUUCCUAUAGAUAAGAACCACGCCGCUUUCAGAGCAACAGUGCAAUCUACAGUUUUCCUUGUCAAGGGGCACAGAGUGCAGGUUUGCGGUACACCUGUAGUGAAGCGGAGAGUAAUUCAAAGCUCUUGGCAUUUAUGCACCUACGUUGUAAAACAAAUUAGGUCACUUUCGGUCUGUAAAUAAAUAGGCAAGGGAUUUAAAAUGACCUAGAACAAUUACAAAUUGGCAAUAUACGUUCUUCCGCGUAAGAUUUAGUUAAGGUCUUGUUUUGGCAAUGCCAAACAUAAAGAUGGGCUCUUACCACUCGUUUUAUCAGUGAACUGAUAUCCAUACCAUUUUCUAAAGAGAAUUCUUCUUAAACUUUGUUUUCGUCGAAAGGUGUCUGAAGUCCCUCCGGAAUUUGAGCAAGAUUAGUUACAUCUGGAACAUCACAAUGGCAGCGUUUCAGUCACGUGGAACCUUAUAUAAACUAAUAUCAUUUUUCAUCAAACCGUUCAAUUCAAAGUAACGAGGGUUCUAGAGCCAAUCUUUUGUUUUUGAAAGAAUUUUGCUAACUAAAUCAUCAGCAUCUUUUUUUUUUUUNAGAAAAGUUACAAACACCUGUACAAAUGUAAGAAAAUAGCGGAAAACUUUUAAUAGACUUCAAUAACCGUCUUUCAGGGUAAGCUCUACAGUCCAAAUUAAACCAAAGAAUGGUGGCCGCUAGCGCUCUUCCUAUAGAUAAGAACCACGCCGCUUUCAGAGCAACAGUGCAAUCUACAGUUUUCCUUGUCAAGGGGCACAGAGUGCAGGUUUGCGGUACACCUGUAGUGAAGCGGAGAGUAAUUCAAAGCUCUUGGCAUUUAUGCACCUACGUUGUAAAACAAAUUAGGUCACUUUCGGUCUGUAAAUAAAUAGGCAAGGGAUUUAAAAUGACCUAGAACAAUUACAAAUUGGCAAUAUACGUUCUUCCGCGUAAGAUUUAGUUAAGGUCUUGUUUUGGCAAUGCCAAACAUAAAGAUGGGCUCUUACCACUCGUUUUAUCAGUGAACUGAUAUCCAUACCAUUUUCUAAAGAGAAUUCUUCUUAAACUUUGUUUUCGUCGAAAGGUGUCUGAAGUCCCUCCGGAAUUUGAGCAAGAUUAGUUACAUCUGGAACAUCACAAUGGCAGCGUUUCAGUCACGUGGAACCUUAUAUAAACUAAUAUCAUUUUUCAUCAAACCGUUCAAUUCAAAGUAACGAGGGUUCUAGAGCCAAUCUUUUGUUUUUGAAAGAAUUUUGCUAACUAAAUCAUCAGCAUCUUUUUUUUUUUUUGGUUUUGAAUAAUCAUAAGGCAAAAAGAUGUUUUUCAUUGUUAUUAUUUGAGGUUUGAACCGCAACCUGCGACCUCGGCUUGGCAGGCCGUUCCUUAGCUUAUCCAGUUACGACAGUUAAGUUAACAGGGCGGCUGGGAAAAUUUAGCGCAGUGAUAUAUUUCCUCCUACGUUGAUAGCCCAAACAAAAAAAAAACAUAUAUACAAAAUUAUUUUUGCUGCUUCAAGAGCAAAAUUUCGCGAAUGCAAAGUACUCUCCAUGACGUCUCCAAUAGUGGGCUGUUAUUUAUCUGGCACUCGACAAGUUUGUUUUGACAAAUACUUGCUCCGAUAGCCGGACAAAUUGUUAAAUGCUAAAGAUCCAUCUUCAGACUAAUUCACUUAAAUGGAAACCCAGUCUUUCAGCGUGUGGAAUACAAGUGACCUCCAGUUUUGAUGGAACAUAGUUUAAUCAUAUCGAUCUCUUAGUUAAAUUAAGGUUGCAUUUUAGUUUAUCUUGAUCAUUUGUUUUGUGCUGGCUUAUCCAACAGAUAGAGACCUUGGAAGAUAAGAUGGAGGACGCUUUAAUUAACAAUCGUGUGGAAUUUGUAGAUCUUCUUUUAGAAAAAGGUGUCAGUAUGAAGAAGUUCCUGACUACAGAUCGGUUAAAUAACCUUUUCAAGGCAGUGAUCGUAAGUACAACACAUGACGACGUAAGACCAACUUAG